AUGCUCUCGCUGCUGCUCCCGUUGCUGCUGCUCCCGAUCCCGGGCUUCCCGCUCCCGCUCCCGCUCCCGAUCCCGGGCCAGGCCCCCCGGACCUUCGCCGUGGACCUGGACGCCGGCCCGGAAUUUCGCUGGCUGCCGGUCCUCAAGGCCUUCGACCCCGCCUUCCUCACCGCCGCCCUCCAACGCAUCUUCCGGGAGCAAGUUCCUCCGUGGGUGCACGUGACCCUGGGUCUGGUGGUGACCGAGAUGGAGGGCCUCCUGCCCCAGCCCUUCCUGGGGGAGAUCCGGGGCAUGAGCGAGGUCCUGGGCAUCCCCCUCAGCGACGGCAUCCUCCUCAACCUGGCCUACGAGUACAGCGCCUUCUGCACCAGUAUCGUCACCCAGGAUUCCAGCGGCCGCAUUUUCCACGGCCGAAACUUGGAUUACGUCUUCGGAGACAUUUUGCGCCAGGUCGUCAUCGACGUGCAGUUCAUGAGGGCCGGGAAGAUUGCGUACACCGGUACUACCUUUGUCGGCUACGUGGGUCUGUGGACGGGGCAGAGUCCGUACAAGUUUACGGUUUCCGGUGACGAGCGAGACAAAGGAUGGUGGUGGGAAAACGCCAUAGCCGCUCUCCUGCAGAGGAAUUCUCCGGUCAGCUGGCUUAUCAGGAACACCCUGAGCGAAGCUAAGGAUUUCCAAGCCGCCGUGCUCAUGCUGGCCAAGACCCCCAUCAUCGCCGACGCCUAUUACAUCGUCGGAGGGGUGUCUCCCAAGGAGGGCGUGGUCAUCACUAGGAACAGAGGUGGCCCGGCGGACAUCUGGCCUCUGGACCCCUUAAAUGGAGAGUGGUUCCGCGUCGAGACCAACUACGAUCACUGGAAGCCUCCUCCGCACUCCGAUGACCGCAGGACUCCGGCCAUCAAGGCGCUCAACGCAACCGGCCAGGAACACAUCAGUUUGAACACCCUCUUUCAGGUGUUGUCAGUGGUCCCAGUCAUGAACAACUACACAAUCUACACCACGGUGAUGACUGCUGCCAGGCCAGAGGAGUAUACCACCAGAAUCCGUCCUAUAUGGUGAAAGAUGCGAUUUACGAAGAAACGAAACGCUCCGAGAGCUGCACUUCAACGCGCUGUCAAUGUUUUAAAAAUUCCGAACGGCUUCUGCGGAAAUCUGGGGUUCCGCCCACGUCCGGCUUCCCGGCUGUGUUAGAGACCGUGGCUACAUGGGUCUCUUGUUCCUAGCUGCGUCCCGGGCCUUCCCUGCCAAUUUUCUUUUAUUCCAGUUGGAAUCACCCUGGCAAACGACCUGGAUUGAAAACUCCUUGAGGUCAGAGAUCCCGCGAAACAGUGUGGCCGAAUGGAUAGAACACGCGGGCCUGGCGAUCAAAAAGACCUUUGUUCUAAUCCCGCCUCCGCCGCUUGGCAGCCGUGUGACCUUGGGCAAGUCGCUUCGCUUCUCUGU